CCCGCAUCCGCCUGCAUUGGCCCUGACGGUCUGGCUCUGCCGAUCGGGCAUAUCAUACGCAAUCGCCGGCGUGCCUCCCAUCUUUGCGCUUUUGCUGCUUUUGCUUUUAGCCCUCGGCGGCGCUCGCACCAAGCUCUUCGCCACACACCGAGUUUGUCCGGACUUGAGCAUCGCGAUCACCACCGAUAAUCAGCAGCCCUGAAAUAUGCCGUCUGCAUUCGACAGGGUCGAGCAGGGCCUGGCCGAGCAGGUCUGGAACAUGGUGCUUCCUCUGCAGAUAUCAGCGGAUCCGCAGGAGCUCAAAGCCUUUGGUCCAAACACGGCACCCAGCCCGGCGGUAUUCUAUGCGCUCUGCCCACGACAUUCAUACCUGCCUCUCGUGGCCGCCAACGCCAAGGCCUUCUUCAUGGACCUCUUUGAGCUCUCGUCCGAUCCAAACGAUUCAGAAAUAUGGUUUUCAUACCAAAACGAGCCUUUGAAAUGGCACUUUCCGAUAGGGCUUCUCUUUGACAUGUUCCAAGCCGCCACUCCUUCGACAGUCCCACCGACACCCUGGAAGAUCCAUAUCCACUUUGGAGGGUUCCCGGCAGACAAGCUCAUCAAGUUCCCCAGCAGCGGUACCUUGUUUGACUUUUUUAUGUCAUCCAUCAAAGAGGCCGACCAUCUGCGCAACGGAUCCACAAAGAAGGUCAUGGCUCUCUCGAAGGCCGAUCAGUUGAGUCUUUGGGAUGGAUUAUGUCAGAACGACAGCCAAAAAUUCUGGGCCGUCAAUCUCAAGCUUGUUGUGAUCGAGGAUGGCUCAACGCCGCCGCGAGCCAUCCCAAUGAGAAUCUAUAGCGAAUCAAAAGCUGUCCUGCAAGAGCCUGUGCCGUGUGUCAACAGAGAGACUGGCGCAGACCUGACUCUCGGCGACGUCCUGAACCUGGCCAGUAUCGAGACAUUCCCUGAUCCACAAGCCUACCAGACUCAUGUCCCGCUUGUUCAUGGGACCAUCCCCAAGGCCGAGACGCCGAUCCUCUGGCUGAGUCAGAACAUGAGUUUUCCAGACGGAUUCCUGCAUGUUGUGAUCCGAAGCCGGGAGUGAGAGCCACUGCGACUCAUGAGGACAGCCUGUGUUGUAGAAGAGCCAAGCAACGUAGCAGCCGACGGCAGCUAAAGGAUUGGCCCUGUGACCGGCGUCGUUUGUCAGAGGUCAAGACCCAUGCAACUACAGCGUUUCCAAAAUGAAAUGGGACAGCUCGCUUCUAACCAGGACAGUGUUUUUUCUGGAACCUGAAUACACCCACCCACUCAUCGCA